AUGUUCAGCAGACGCAGUCCUCCGACAGAACUCUCUUCUCCUCCCUCCUCCCCAUCUCUAUUUGCUGCGGACUCAUCGCCUCCUUCCUCACCAGGCUUGGAUACUUCUGACCUGCAAUUGGACGACUCGCCAUUAAUUCAUCCUUUUGCUGCAUCGUCCAAGGCACUUCCAAGAUAUGAGAAACGAGUUCGAAGCUUCGCCUCAGACGUAUUGGCGGCCGGACCGGCAACCAAAAAGCCUCGCCGUGGAUCAUUUACCAAAGAUAUAGACGAUUCGUUCCUAGAAUCCUCGUUUCCAAGCAUCGAGUUCGGAAAUGAAGAAGUCGUGGAUGCGGAAGCCGCGGAGUGGGAUAGGGUGAUCACCGAAGUCAUUGACCACGGCCAUGGCACGGUACGCUUAGAAGACAGGGAGCUGACAUACAUUCCCGGGAAUGCUAUGCGCGAUCUACAAGGGUUUCGCGCACUCUCAGAGAAAGCAGAGCUCAUAAACGCGCGUAAGAUCAUCGCGCCUGCCCUUCCGCUUAAUGGCCGACGACAAAUGGCGCGCGUGAGCACAGCGCCUGCUAGUACGUCAGGCGACAUGUUCUCUCCCUUCCCCGAGAGGACGAGUUCUCUGGGGAACUUAGGGUUGCCCCGCGAAGAGAUACAGCUCUUCUUGUCCCGCAACCAAAUUCAGACGUUACCGCGACAGCUUUUUCAGGUGGAGAAGUUAACCGUAUUGAUCAUUCGUGCUAAUUCUUUGACGUCCAUCCCUCCAGAGAUUUCGAAGCUAGCUAAUCUCCGUGAGCUCAACAUCGCGAACAACAAGAUCCGAUAUCUUCCUUCAGAAAUUCUCCAUCUAAGCCUUGCCCAACUCCAUGUGCACCCCAAUCCAUUUUUGCCAAUACCCGCGUCCCUCGCCCCACCAAUAUCUAAGCGACCCUUUUCACGCUCGCGAUCAUUAUGGGGCACACGAGCACUUAUGGAGAGUCGCGAGAUUGAGGCCGAACGCGUUUAUACCAAGAUAGUGUCCGACGUCAGCAGGAAGUUACCAAGAGUUAUACCACUUCAGGAGAUUUGUCUUCGCCAUCUAUUCUCCCCCUGCCGGCAAUUGCCUUCAAAUAGCCCUCCAAUCAGCGUCCUUCAGGCCCGGUAUCAUCUUCCUUUGCUCGAGCCUGACAUAUGGUCCACGCCUUCGUCCAAAGUCAGACUUCGGACCCCUUUGCCCGAUCACCUAGAGUCCCUAUUUGAGGCAAUAUCGCCUGGCUGCACCUAUGGCGAAGAGUGCAUCCAUCAGGACCCCGAGCCCGCUAUGGUACCAACGCCUGAAGAAGAUGACGCGAGAAUUACUGGGGUAGGAACCUGCCCUUCGCCCCGCCAUCUUUCUCCAGGGUCCGGAUCAACCCCCUCACUGUUCAUCCAUCACACUGAGGAGAGGUUUACAUGGGAAGAUACAAUUGCUGGGAUCUUGGUAGGCGGUUCGGUCCCUAUUCGAUGGCGAGGAUGCCAGUGGGGAUGUCUGGACUUCCUGGAUUCACGGCCGGAGAUAUCGAGCAAUGCCACUGCAUCUUCGGGCAUAGAUGAACCAGCUACUGGAAUAGCCACGACGGCGAGUGGGGAUAUCGUUGAUGAUGCAGAAACACUGUCAACCUCGGAAGACGAGGAUCGAGAUAUUGCAGUGGUCGCAGUUGACAUCAACAGGGGGCUAGAUAUGAGCGACUUCGAGGAUUGA